AUGGUUUCUUUCAAGAAGUUCCUCCUUCUCUCGGUCUUCUCCUCCGCUGCCUUGGCAGCCGUGGCUGCUGAGCCCCAGGCGGAGGUCGAUGAGGCAGGAGAGCCAGAUGCGUCAUUCCAGGAACUCCUACACAGCAUCGACGAGAAUUCAAUCCAUGAAGCCAUUCAUACUCUGUCCGACAAGUUUCGCCAUGGCGUCUUCCACCAUGACAGCAAAGCUGUAGAAGCCCUCCACAAGGAGGACGCACCUCUUGCAACAGUGCUCCUCCAUCUGGCCCAGCGUCGCGCUGAGAGCAACUCGACUGCCGCUACCAAGACGUCGACCACUGCUGCUUCUCAGGAUCCUACCAGCCCUCAGCCAACUUCUUCGGCCACUCCAAUCGCAGCUACGUCUUCGUCUGACUCUACGACUUCAUCCGACUCUACCUCUUCAUCUGACUCUUCCUCGUCCGCUGCCGAGCCGACUUCCAGCCAGACUCCUUCUUCCAGUGCGAGCUCGUCCAGCGAGAGCUCUUCGAGUGACUCGUCUACCAGCGAGACUCCGUCGUCCAGCCAGGCCUCGUCCUCUGCUCCCAAGACGACAGCGGCAACCACAAAGACGGACACUACGUCUACGUCGGCCUCCAGCUCGUCCGCUGCAGCAGCAUCCACUGCUUCCUCGAGCUUCGUGACGUCGACGACCUCUUCAAGCUCCAGCUCCAUCUCCAGCUCAGCCGUGACCUCAGCUUCGUCGAGCCCGUCCACGACUCAGAAACCCUACACUUCAACCUACAAGAGCACCACCACUCUUCCCAACGGCAGCCUGAGCACUGUCACUGCGGUGACUGUCGUUCACCCAACCGAGGCAGUAGCUGCCACUGCUGCCGCUACGGGAGGUCCCAGUCUGCAGCAGAACGUUGCAGCCACCUCUAUGAACCUUAAGAGAGAGGCAUUGGUGAUGCUUGGUGGUGCUAUGGCUGUGGCCAUGGCUCUCUAA